UCAGGACCAGGACCACAGAACAGCUGCUGCAAUGGCUGAUGGGAAGCGGCGGAGCGGCGUGGCGUUGACCCACGAUGGAGUGUGGGGCUGGGUGAUUGUAGGGUGCUGCUUCAUGGUGACGGUCUGCACACGAGCAGUGACGAGGUGCAUCUCCAUCUUCUUUGUGGAGUUUCAGGCUCAUUUUGGCGCUGACUACUCGUCUACUGCGUGGAUCCACAGCCUGGUGGACUGCACCACCAUGCUCUGCGCUCCUCUUGGCAGCCUGGUGGGGAACCGGUGGUCGUGCCGGGUCGCCGUGAUGCUCGGUGGACUCCUGUCCUCCUGUGGACUUCUCCUCAGCUCCUUCGCCAGCAGCUUGGAGCUCCUCUACCUCACCAUGGGGGUCCUGACAGGUCUGGGCUUCGCCCUGUGUUACACCCCGGCCAUCGCCAUGGUGGGCUGUUACUUCCACCACCGGAGGGCGCUGGCGUACGGGGUCGCCAUGUCGGGCAGCGGGAUCGGGACCUUCGUUCUGGCGCCGGUGGUGCAGCUGCUCAUCGAGAAGUACUCGUGGAGAGGAGCACUGCUCGUCCUCAGCGCCUUCGUGGCGAACCUGUGCGUCUGUGGAGCGCUGCUCCGACCAGUCAGACUGCAGGAGGCCGGGGAGAAGGAGCCCGAGGGGGAGGAGCCAGAGUCAGGGAAGGAGACAAUCGGCCACGUCUCCUUAAAGGACGCAGAGGUCGCGAUCAGACUCCCCAAAGAAUCAGACGGCUGCCUUAAGCCGCCGCUGCCCCUGAUGUCAGGAAGCCCCGCCCCCAAACCAGAGAGGAGGUGGUGCAUCCUGUCUGUCAAGGAGUACCGUUUCCUGCUGCUGCCGGACUUCCUGGGCCUGGCCGUGUCCUUCCUGUUCCUGGCCAGCGGCUGCAGUCUCCCCUUUGUCUACCUGGUGCCGUACGCUGUGAGUGCCGGGGUCCGCCACCACCAGGCCACCUUCCUCAUGUCCAUCUUGGGGGUCCUGGACAUCGUGGGGAACAUCACCUUCGGCUGGUUGACGGACCGCAGCUGCCUGAAGCCCUACCGGCUGGCCUGCUACGUCCUGGCGGUGGCGAUGGAGGGGCUCUGCUGUCUCUUCACGCCGUUGCUGCGCUCCUUCUCGCUCCUCGUGCCCUUCGCCGUCCUCUACGGUUACUUCGACGGCGCCUACGUGGCGCUGAUCCCCGUGGUGACGUCGGAUGUGGUGGGGGCUCCCUACCUGUCCUCGGCGCUGGGCGUGGUCUACUUCCUCCACGCCAUCCCCUACCUCAUCAGCCCGCCCAUCGGAGGUUGGCUUGUCGACGUCACAGGAAGCUACACGGCCAUGUUCUUCCUCAGUGGUGCUUCGCUGCUUUCCAGCGCCGUCCUCCUCAGCGCCAUCACCGGCAUCCGCCGCUGCCGGCUCCGACCGCAUGGCCCCACCGCCAAGUGCUAUCCCCGCCCCCUGCAUCUGUCCGACCAAUCGGAUCGCCUCAGCUGGAGGCUGACCGUCGAGCCACAGACGAAUCACUCGGAUUCGUUGGGGGCGGAGACCGGUACGAGGGCCGCGAUUGGCCAGCUGCCUGAACUCAUUCAGAGUCCGCCGUGGACCGGAAGUAGGUCCUUACAACAACAAGACAACACAUGACGCUAACAGGUCUCAUGAAGAUUGUAACAGAAACCCGCUCUGGAAGCAACGCACCAGACCCCAGAGAGAAAAGAGACGAUUUAGUGAGACACGUUUUCAUGGCACCUCCACUCAGGGAAGCGAAGCAACACCAAUGAGGCAAUGUUGAAUUGCGUAUCCAGUUGAGAACAAUAAAGGUUACAUGAGUUUGUGACACCACAACCUGCAAGUGGUGAAAGAAUCUGGCAGUCAUCGAUCCCCAGAUGAUAUUUACAGAUCAACAAUCAAGCGUCUACUUCAACAGGAUUCUUCCGCCAGGACACAACCAUCCGGAGGCUGAAAGACUUCAGUUUAACAGCUGGUCAAGAAAAUGCUCCUCCGGCAGUUAGAUUUGCUACUUAGCUUAGCACCUCAUUGACUUAUCUCAACUUUAGCUUAGCACCUCAUUGACUUAUCUCAACUUUAGCUUAGCACCUCAUUGACUUAUCUCAACUUUAGCUUAGCACCUCAUUGGCUUAUCUCAACUUAACUUUUGCACCUCAUUGGCUUAUCUCAACUUUAGCUUAGCACUUCAUUGGCUUAUCUCAACUUUAGCUUAGCACCUCAUUGGCUUUUCUCAACUUUAGCUUAGCACCUCAUUGGCUUAUCUCAACUUUAGCUUAGCAGUUCAUUAGUUUAUCUCAACUUUAGCUUAGCACCUCAUUGGCUUUUCUCAACUUUAGCUUAGCACCUCAUUGGCUUAUCUCAACUUUAGCUUAGCAGUUCAUUAGUUUAUCUCAACUUUAGCUUAGCACCUCAUUGGCUUUUCUCAACUUUAGCUUAGGACCUCAUUGGCUUAUCUCAACUUUAGCUUAGCACUUCAUUAGCUUAUCUCAACUUUAGCUUAGCACUUCAUUAGCUUAUCUAAACUUUAGCUUAGCACUUCAUUAGCUUAUCUCAACUUUAGCAUUCUGCAUUGGCAUUUUCUAAAGCAUUGUUUUGAUUGUGUUGUUUGUCGAUGAAUUAAAAUAACUUGCUGCCA